GCGUAUUCAGAACCAGGAGCCGAAAAACGCUGGAAGUUUCGCCUCUGUAAGAGUACUCUGUGAUUCUACGUUGUAGGGUACGUGUACGUGCAAGAAUCGCAGCGCGCCUGCCUAACGCGCUUCAGUUCUACGCGUCGUAAAGGUCAGGUCAUUCAGCGGAGGUUAACCUGUGUUUCGUGGCUUCUCGGUUAACACGUUGGAAACGGCCACGUUGGCCCACGUACGCACGGCCACCAAUAAAGCAACAAUUCCCUUUCGAAUUGACCAAUCGUCGUCCAAACCUCCUCCCGUUCGCUUAUCUUCCCGCCAAAGGCGACGGAUCGUUUUAGCGGACGAUUAUCUUCCUCGAGAGUGCACAGUCUCUCGAAGCUUACGCCUUUCGAGAUCGCACGCCUCGAGGACCGCUCGAUCGUCCACGCCGUAGGGUGUUCUUGGAUCGCUGUAGUUUUCCUCUCUCGAACAACAGACUAUCCUCCUUCAGGAUGUGGAUGACACUCGCGAGCGGCCUUCAAGCGGUCGCGUCUGUGGACGCGGACGACGUGGCCAGUGCUGCACCGGAAGCGGAUUCCGACGCUUUGUUACCAGAAGAGAUCCCUGGUUUCGAUGGGAAGCUCCCGACGCCUCAGCAACUCCUCGAGGUGCUCGACUCGAUGACCGGCAUGUCGGACGAGGAGAAAGCAAGUCUCAAGGAAGACUUGCUGAGAAAUAUUCAAGGAGAUCCCAUGACAUCGGCACCUGGCAGUGAUUUAACAAUGCAGACCGUGGUACUCUUGUCUCUGCUGGGCGUAGUCGCUCUCAUUUUCGUUUUCUUCGUUUAUAAAUUGUUCAAAUGCCUGAAGCAGAGAGAAGCGAAGCGAGAGGAGAAGAAAAAGAUUAAACAGAUGAAGAAGAAGAAGUAAUCCAGAUGACAAUCACGAAAGGUGUCGCAUUAGCGACGAAAUAUAAUACGCAACGCGUUCUACACGCGUUGUUCGGCGGAUAAUCUAUCAUGUUUAAAGUAAGAUGAAAGACGAUCAACGUUUUAUUAUAACUUAUUCUAUUUUGUUAAAUAAAAUAUAUUUAUGAGUAAAACUGUAUUCGUUCGGUGGACCAUAGACAAAAAAUACGUAGAGGGUACCAGUGGAUAAUUUGGCAUCAGAGAAUUAUUUAUUGUGCCGUUCUGUGAUAUACAUGACAUGGGUGGAAAUUCCUAAUGGACUAUACCGCAUGCAGUUUACCAAUUUGCGCUCGAAUUUCCCCGUGUGUCACGGCGGAGUACACCUUAAAGUACACUAAUGUUAGACAGUUCUUUCGAAUAACGCGUAAAGCCUUCUCAAUUGCUACACGGUACAUUCGAGGUCACUUACGAUGCAAACGGAUACGUGUUAUACGUCGCAUCGAGCAUGUUUGAUACACCGCUGCAGUUCGAUCGUAGAUAAAAUAUAGAAAAAAUGAGAGAAAAAAAAAAAAGAAAACUGUCGGUAGCAGUACCAUAAACACUUGUCGCGUUUCGUGGAUUCGUAUCCGUUCGUAUCUUCGCAAGAAUUCCAUUACACUUACGAUUUAGCGUUUGAUAAAUAGUUUAUAAUACUUCAUGCGUUUUUUUUCCCAGACCCUCGAAGCAUUCAAGGAAAAUUGUUCGUUUCCUUUUCAAUUUGUACUACGAAACAGAAUAAACAUUUUCAUCAUUUUUUUUCGACGUGAUAAUCUC